CAAGCAUAAAACAGCACAAAGGUAUUAAAAGACUACUAAGCUGGAACCAGUUCACCAGCAAUGAAGUGGAACAUUUAUACCAACGGUAUGUCUUCAGAAUCCAGCAGUCGGCAUUGGUAUGCUUGUCCCUUCUUUUCACCAUUCUAUGUUUCAGCCUGGCCAUUCUGAUUACGUCUUUUGUUGGGAACUACACGAUCUACAGCUUGUACUUGUUUACACAAGGCCUGAUAUUUUUGAUUUUCUUCAUAUACGUGAAAGCAAAUUUGAUGAAAGAGAAGCACUUGCUUGCAGUCAACUAUACGGUGCUCUCGUUUGUGGUCAUCUUAUGCAUCUUCAGCGUUCCUCUGCCGUUGGGAGCACCACCGGGCUUUGAAGACCAUAAGCUCAAUGCCGCGGAUGGAGCGUGGGUGGUGGCGUUCGUCAUCUUCAGUGUCUACGCUUUGAUGCCGAUCCGAACUUUGUCCAAAUGUAUUUGUGGAGGAUUUAUUCCCCUUGUCCAUAUUUUGGUGUCGUCACAGACGUGCGUCCAGUUUCCGGAACUAUUAUGGCGACAGGUAAGUGUUCG